AUGAGGUCACCGGGGCUGAACGUGACCUCGCUGACGCUGGAGGGUCUCGCGCAGCUGUCUGACCACAGGUGGCUCUUCUUCUUCCUGUUUCUGGCAGCUUACCUGUUCGUGCUGUUCAGCGACAGCCUGGUGGUUUAUGUCAUCUGUUCUCAGCGGAACCUCCACCGCCCCAUGUUCGUCUUCGUUGCCGCGGUUCUGCUGAACUCUCUCGCCGCCAGCGCGGCGGUUUAUCCCAAGCUGCUGUCCGACCUGGCGUCGGGCCGCCACUUCGCGCAGGUUUCCCACGCCGCGUGCCUGUGCCAGGCUUUCGCGGUGUACUCUCUGGGCGGCUCCAGCUUCAUGCUGCUGGCGGCCAUGGCCUUCGACCGCUACCUGUCCAUCUGCCGCCCGCUGCGCUAUGCCGCGCUGGUGUCUCCUGCCGCGGUGGCGGCGCUGCUCCUGCUCUGCUGGCUGCUGCCCGCGGUCAUGGUGUGUGGCGCGACGCUGCUGGCGGGCCGCCUGCCGCUCUGCCGCUGGCGGCUGAGCAGGGUUUACUGUGACAUCUACAGCUUCGUCAGCCUGAGCUGCGGCGGCGGCGCGGCGAUGCUGUCCGAGGCCUACGGCAUGCUGUGCGCCGCGGCCAUCGUCUUCCUGCCCGCCGCCUUCGUGCUCUUCUCCUACGGCAGGAUCCUCUCCAUCUGCCUGCGCCGCUCGCGGGCCUUCAGCAGCAAAGCGCUGCACACCUGUCUGCCGCACCUGCUCGUCUUCGUCAACUACUCCGUCAGCGCUGCCGCGGAGCUGCUGCACCGCCGGCUGCAGGCCGGGGGCGGAUCCGCCGCAUCCAUCCUCACCUCCGUCCUGGUGGUGGUGGUUCCGACCGUGUUCAACCCGGUGGUGUACGGACUGAAGAUGAAGGAGGUCCUCAGACACGUGAGGAGGCUGCUGAGCUGCCGCAGGGCCGGUUAA